UUGCAUUGCAUCUCCGCCUCCAAUCAAAGAAUCACCACAUAAUCAUGGCAACGUCAUCAUUACAGGCGGCCGCCACCUUCAUGCAGCCCACCAAGGCUGGCCGUAGCAGCCUCCAUUUUCGCCCUGCUCAAGGCAUCAGCAAGGCCUUCGGAGUCGAACCCUCCGCCGCCAGAUUGACUUGCUCUCUCCAAGACUUUGCUCACAAAUGCACCGAAGCAGCAAAGAUCGCUGGCUUCGCCCUCGCUUCCUCCGCCCUCCUUGUCUCGGGAGCAAGUGCAGAAGGUGUGCCGAAGAGGCUAACUUUCGAUGAGAUCCAGAGCAAGACCUACCUAGAAGUGAAAGGCACCGGGACGGCCAACCAGUGCCCCACCAUCGACGGCGGCGUCGACUCGUUCGCCUUCAAGGCGGGCAAAUACAACGCCAAGAAAUUCUGCCUCGAGCCAACCUCGUUCACCGUGAAGGCGGAGGGCGUGAGCAAGAACGCCCCAGCAGAGUUCCAGAAGACGAAGCUGAUGACAAGGCUGACCUACACGCUGGACGAGAUCGAGGGCCCCUUGGAGGUCUCCCAGGACGGCACCCUCAAGUUCGAGGAGAAGGACGGCAUCGACUACGCGGCCGUCACCGUCCAGCUCCCCGGGGGCGAGCGCGUGCCCUUUCUCUUCACCAUCAAGAAUCUAGUAGCUUCUGGGAAGCCAGAGAGCUUCGGCGGGGAGUUCCUGGUGCCGUCCUACCGGGGAUCCUCCUUCCUCGACCCGAAGGGCCGCGGUGGGUCCACUGGCUACGACAACGCCGUGGCGCUGCCGGCUGGGGGCCGUGGGGACGAGGAGGAGCUGGAGAAGGAGAACAACAAGAAUGUGGCGUCGCUGACGGGGAAUAUUACGCUGAGCGUGACCAAGAGCAAGCCGGAGACGGGGGAGGUGAUCGGAGUGUUUGAGAGCAUUCAGCCGUCGGAUACGGAUUUGGGAUCAAAGGCGCCCAAAGAUGUCAAGAUCCAGGGCGUCUGGUAUGCGCAGCUUGAGUAGUCUUAGUUUUUUAUGCUUGCUUUUUCGUUUUCUUUUUUCUUUUUUUCGAGUUUUGUUGUAAGUGAAAAGGGAUGAUUGAACUCCUCGAUUUUAAGAUGGUGUACAUUAACAAUAAUUAUUUUCAGUAA